GCAGGCGCGGACCUCAUGCUUCGCGGUGCAUCUCUAGCAGUAGCCGGCGCCGCGGUUCGCUGUGUGCGUAACCUCGGGCCGCCGCAGGCUCGCUCAGCCAGCGCCGCCGCCAUGUCCCGGCCGCCGCCGUCCGCCUCGGGCUCCUCGGCCCGGCCUGCCACCGUGCUGGGCACCAUGGAGAUGGGGCGCCGGAUGGACUCGCCAGCCAGUGCCGCGGCUGUGCGCGCCUUUCUGGAGCGCGGCCACACCGAGCUGGACACGGCCUUCAUGUACAGCGACGGCCAGUCCGAGAGCAUCCUGGGUGGCCUGGGGCUCGGGCUGGGUGGCGGCGACUGCAGAGUGAAAAUUGCCACCAAGGCCAAUCCCUGGGAUGGGAAGUCACUGAAGCCUGACAGUCUCCGGUCCCAGCUAGAGACAUCACUGAAACGCCUGCGGUGCCCCCAGGUGGACCUCUUCUACCUGCACGCGCCUGACCAUGGCACCCCCGUGGAAGAAACGCUGCGUGCCUGCCACCAGCUGCACCAGGAGGGCAAGUUCGUGGAGCUCGGCCUCUCCAACUAUGCUGCCUGGGAGGUGGCUGAGAUCUGUACCCUCUGCAAGAGCAACGGCUGGAUCCUUCCCACUGUGUACCAGGGCAUGUACAACGCCACCACCCGGCAGGUGGAGACGGAGCUCCUCCCCUGCCUCAGGCACUUUGGACUGAGGUUCUACGCCUACAACCCUUUGGCUGGGGGCCUGCUGACCGGCAAGUACAAGUAUGAAGACAAGGACAGGAAACAGCCUGUGGGCCGCUUCUUUGGAAAUAGCUGGGCUGAGACCUACCGGAAUCGCUUCUGGAAGGAGCACCACUUCAAGGCCAUUGCCCUGGUGGAGAAGGCCCUGCAGGCUGCUUAUGGCACCAGUGCCCCCAGCACGGCCUCGGCCGCCCUAAGGUGGAUGUACCACCACUCGCAGCUCCAGGGUGCCCACGGGGACGCGGUCAUCCUGGGCAUGUCCAGCCUGGAGCAGCUGGAACAGAACCUGUCGGCGACGGAGGAGGGGCCCCUGGAGCCCGCUGUCGUGCAGGCCUUCGAUCAGGGCUGGGACCUGGUCGCCCACGAGUGCCCCAACUACUUCCGUUAGGCCUGGACCCAACUUGAAGUGGCAGGGGGUGCCCCCGUCUGUCACCUUCACUUCUCACCCUGGCCUUAAGCUGCUCUAUUAGCCUGUUCUUUCCUCAUCGUCUCGGUUCACAGACGGUUUCCUAUAUUCUUGUACUACUCCACGUGUGUGAAGGCUAGACUUUGUUGGAAUAAAGCAGGCCCUUGACCUGGUGUUGCCCAGGCCCGAAGCCAA